ACAUUUUUUAAUUUGAAGGGCUGAAGUUUAAUUUAUUUAUUCCUCUCAAGGGUUUAUUGAGUAGCCACUCCAGUCUCUGACAUCUACACCAAUAUUUCUUUUCCUCAGUUCCCCAUACAAAACGAAUCGCAAUCCAAAUAGGGUUUGUCACACAAAGCAUGUUGGGUUGUAAAAGCAUUUUACAAAAUAUGGCUUUUAUUGUGAAGGGCCGUAUGCCUCAGAGAACAUUCCCGUUGGAAGUUUUUCCUGCCCGCCGCCCCUCCUUCUGCCUAAUCUCUCUGUCUUUUAUACAGAAGCACCCUGGCUUUACCUGAGCAGGUAGUUAAGUUAGCGUUUUUUUGUUAACUUAUUUUAAAACAACAAAAGCCAAGCAAUAUAGUGUUUUGACGUGGUGGUGCUGGUUUUUGUGUGGGGAAGGCGGUCAGUCAUUAUCGUUUUGUGUUUAUGCACCUGUUUGGGGGGAAAGUGAAAGUAAAUGUCUGUUUUUCUCGCAACAUCGCCGUCGGUGUCAUGGAAUAUCGUCACUUUCUCUUCUGUUUGGUUUGGACCUGCUCCUGUGUUGCUAUGCAGACUUCCCCACAAUACAAACUCAAGGGGAAGGAGGCCAUAUUGAUUCCACCUUAUUUUGGACGGCCUGAAAAUAUUCUGUGGAAGCACGAUGGAAACAAAGUGGUGGAGUUUACUGGUAGUGUGGAAGACGUUUACAGCCCAUAUGAAAAUAGAAUCACUCUGGACUGGGAAUCUGCAGAGCUCAGUAUCAAAGACUUACGCCUAAAUGACAGUGGGGUGUAUGAAUUGGAAGUGGAUGAUGGCAACAUGUUGAAGCACUCAUCUCAUAAACUGAUGGUCAUAGACAGAGUUUCCAAGCUGACCAUAACCUGUAAGCUGAACGACAGCAACAGAUCAACCAUAUCUGAGAAGCAGGCAGUGCUGGUCUGCUCUGCUGAAACCGGACCAUUUCCAUUUUUAUUAAACUUUGAAUGGAGGUCGGUUGGUAAGGUGCAGCCUGGUCCAGAGUUAAUGAUACCUUUGGGGGAAAAACAUAAUGAGGAUGUGUAUAACUGUUCAGUGAGCAACCCUCUGAGUGAAGAUACAGCAACAUUCACCGCAAAGAAUUGCUACCCAAACAAAGACACCUCUGUACUUUGGCUUAUCCCAGUAAUCAUAGCCAUAUUUAUUGUCUUGGUGGUCUUGGUCUUGGUUUUCCGAAAGCGACUGAAAGCAUGCAUUGCUAAAAAAGAACCAUCUGAUGAGGAAAGCCAAAAGACGCAUGAUAGAAACAGAGGGAAAUACAAGUUUGUAAAAGGCCAGAAUUCAGGGACACAAGAAGGGAUCACCAAAGCUAAUAAAGAUUUCUAUACAUCCUUAUCUACAGAGUUAAAGAAUAAGCGAAUGAAUUCACAGCCUAGAACACAUUCAGCAAAGAAGAAAACAGAAUCUGACGAGAAUUUGGGUGAGACUGAGGAGGACAAGCCAACUGCAAGAAAACACGGAGCUGCAGAAUCAGACCAGAAUCACCUUUUGGAUCCCAAGACAAUGUCAGAUGUUCAUUCUGGGAUUGUAAAUGACCCUAAUGCAGACACACAAGAAGGCAUGCCAGAAAAAGGCCAUGCCAAAAGGAAUAUACAGCUUUUUGAGUCUUUAUCACCCAACUCAAAGAAUACAGGACAGAACGAUGGCCAGCCAAGAAAAUAUUCAGAAAAAAAGAGAACAGAAUUGGACCAGAAUCAUGAUGAAAAAGAGGAGAACAAGCUACUUUUUCCUCAGCCUCAUGUUGCUCAAAUGGAUCAGGAAUUGGAGUCCGAGUAUCCUGCACGCAAACACAGUGCUGCAGAAUCAGACCAGAAACAACUUUUGGAUUCUGAAACGAAGUCAGACGUCAAGCUGAUUCAUUCUGGGUCAGAGAAUGAGGUCAGCACACUUAAGGUAACUGAGCCUUAUUCCCUUCAGACCGGAGACGAUCCAAGCACAGAGCCCGAGGACGCUUCGAGUGAAUACAGUGAAGAAGCGGCCUCUGAUAAGGUCACUGACGAAGAGCGAAAUGUCAGAGAGUCUCAUUUAUUGGACCGUUCUGGUGAUUCUCUGGAGGAGAAACACUCAGAUCUGCCGCCGUCCAGCGUACAUGAACCAUCUGAGAAGGACGCAAACACCCACCAAAACACAACAGGGCUGACUCCAGAGACACACACAUCAGUUUCCCAAGAUGAAAGUAAAUCACAUACAGUAGUUGACCUGGAAGAAACCAGUAAAGGUCAUAAUCUAUCGGCGUCUCCAGGUAUUCACACUGAAGACGCUUCUUUCAUCGUUCAUAAAGAUCAAAAUAUGACAGAUGAGCAGCAUGAGGGCGAGAACACACACAAGUCAGAUGAGGACCGUUCAGUCACACAGUAGCAGACCAGAGGGAGAUAAAGGUGAAGAUAGGAACGAAGCCCAGACAGGCCCCCCUGAAAAGGAGCCAGAGACCUUGACAGACGAUAAAGAAAGACAAAACAAAGCUGAAGUUGUGGUGUAGACUCACAACUGGAUAAAAUGGGCAGGGAACAACUGCAAAUGGUGAAAGAAAUGAGGUGGAGCCAUAGAAAGAUAGAUGGCCAGAGUUACUAAAGUAACAUAAAUAAAAAAUAAAAAAAACAUUAGGAGAUGAGCAGUGGAACAGAUGAAACUAUGAGCAGCUUUUCCAGACAGAUUGACUCCUUAGAGUACACUGCCUUUUAGAAUAUUAGCAUGUAAAUAGCACAUAUUCAGGUGUAAAUAAUGAUUUUUUUUUUUUUUUUUAAGUCAGUUUGACCAAGAGAAAUUCUCAAAUUACCCUUGAACAAUCAAAAAUAUUUGAACGGGAAAAAAGUAAUGUUUUUGUCUUGUACAGAUUAGGCUUUUUAAAAGCUUUUUAAAAUUAUUUUAAAUGAUUUAAUAUAGCGCCUAAUAUUGCCUUUAAAAUGAGAGUAGUUUUUUAUAGAUUAUUUAAAAAUAGUGUUGAUUAUUAUUGAAAGGGAUUCUGACAUAAGUGGACAGAACUUGGAGAAUGUUAAAUUAAAAUUUUAGUCCAAAGUGUUUAAUAAUCCAACUAGAGCACAGCGCUUAAAUAAAAUAAAAAUAAAUAAAAGCAUAUGUAUGAUCCCUAACUUAUGCUUUUAUUUAUGCUGUAGCAAAAGUGCAUAUUCUAAUAUCUUUAAAUUGGUAAUAAUAAAUAAUAGUUGAAUGUUUGUUGGUUGAAACUCUGAAUGUCAGCCGGAAGUCAUGAUGGGUUUUUUUUAAUGGAACUCACUGAUGUGUGUGUGUGAUUCCUUAAAUUAUACAAAUGUGAAAUAUUGAUUAUGUUUAUGAUAAGGUGCUGUUUUGUUUGGGGGUUUAUGGGGCUGGAACUGCAGGAAUAUUUUUCUGUCAGAAGGGGGCAGCGUUUAUCAGCGCUUAACUUCACUUAAAAACUGGAUUUUUUAUUUUUUUUUUUAAAAUCACCUUUACAGUACUGGAUAAAUGUCUGAGACAUUUGUUGUUGAUUGAAGGACAAACUGAGUUUCAGUAGAAAAAAAAACAAAUGCAGAAAUGAAACAUGUGACCUCAUUUAAAAAAGGUUUUGAUUUAUGAAAGCAUGUCCUGGAGAAAAUACCACA